UGAGUGAGGCGACAGCGCGGAGGUGACAGCGGAGAAUGGAGAGGAGCCCGUCCGCCCGGCGAGCUUUGACCGCGGCGAGCGAGGAGAACCCACUCGGCCCUUUCCUUCUGGAGCCAGCGUGCUGAAAGAAACCUUGAGGAAUAAACUGGGGGCAAAGGAAAGGAAUGGCUGAUCCUCUGCGGAGGACUUUACUAGCGAAACUCCGGGGGAAGAAAUCCAAGAAAGGAGCGACAGUCGGCGGUGGAUACGGCUCUGCUGCUGCGGCGAAUGGGGGCCGAGAAGGUAAAGAAAAAGUUUUGCAAACGCAGCGAGACUCCGACGAGGCUCGCCCGGUAGUCUUGCUCACAGAGCUGGAUUGCACGACAGAGAGAAUGAGUACGUACGAGAAUUGUGUUGACGGUGCGAUGGUGCAAACAGGGGGGGUGGUAGCAGUCCGGGAGGGUCUCGCAGCAGAGUUGCCCGGCGCACUUCCCCAGGAGCCGAGCAGCGGGGGCAGGGUUCGGGUUAACGAGGAGCUCCUGGGGGUCUCACUUCAAAGAAACGCGCAGUUUGUUGCACAUGAGGUAGAUAGGAGCCACCAGGCACCCAGAUCCACUGACAAAACCGUGUUAUCUGCGGGGGUCCCGCUUGGUGGACCGCAUGUCCACAGAAAACACUUCGUCUCGGUGCCGCGGCAGUGCAGCGGAGGGGACUCAAUUGGGUUUGGGGACAAUUCAAAUUACGUUUUGUGCCGAGAGCCGCAUACCGGGGUCAGUAAACCGCCAGAGGCCCAGGUUAUUGCUGCUGAUAGGGAUGGGAGGGAGCCCAGAGACGGAGGAUAUUCCCGGCACAUGGCAGACACUGAAGUGGCUGUUAAUGAACACAACGCAAACUGGAGUUAUGACAACAGUCAAACUUUGGGGACAGACUUGCCAGUUUGCGCAGCACUUGAAUAUACACACUGUAUGUCAAGGAGCACAGAAGAAAACAUUGUAAUCAGAAAUAUAGAGAGUUAUGGGCCGGAGUAUGCAGGGGACAUGCGAGGGACUGCAGGCAGUCUGCAGAGCCCGACGUUUUUCCCCACAGAGUUAGACAUAUGCGACAUUAACAUGGCAUCCCUGUGCGCCACAGAGACGUCACUAAGAUACCCUUUAGAUAGUGAAGAUGAUGAUUAUUAUGAUAAUGAAAUUUUGCCUUUUUAUGCAACGAUCAGAGCAAAAAGUGAUGGUGAGAAAGCAGAGGUUACAGAGCUGCCACGGCCUGGUCAGGUUAAAGGACAGCUGGAUGACAGUAACAGUGCACAGGAAACUGACAGGCUUAGAAACCAGCUGAAAGAAGCGUAUUACCUUCUAAUAAAUGCUAUGAACGAUAUCAACCUGGAUGUCCAGCAGAUUAAUGUUGGUUUAAUUGAGCAGCAGGCCAACUCUUCAUGUAGUAGCCACUCCAGGGAUAGCCUGUGCUCGAGGUUGUCCGCCAAAAACAUGGACAGCGACUCCUGGUCAUCGGGAGGCGACCACAGUCCACAGCAGGUGUCUGACACUGACUCACUCCUGCUUUGCCUCAGUGGGAACUUUGAGUCAGGCCUCAAAGCCAGGCUGAACAGUAAGAGUAUGGUAAACCUGUCCCUGACUAAGAUAAGACCCAUGUUACUGCGCUCUGUUAGUGAUGGAGGGAUCAGGUAUACAUGUGGUCAACCAUCACUAUGUGUUAAAGCCCAGACAUCCAGUGGGGAUAAAGGGGCCACAGAGACAAAAGAGGCUGAAGGGGUUAGAGCAACAGGAGUAGGUGAGCUCUCCGAACCUCAGGUGCUUCACAACGCCGUCAGCAGUGAUGAGUUACAAGAAGCUGGCGGUGAUGACGAGAGCAGCGGCUCAGUCAACAGCCUCACGGGUUCUUCAGACAGCAACGCCGAAGCAUCAACAAAUCAGGGUGACAACAACAAGCAGGAGCCGACUGAUGCCCGAGUACAGAGAGCCAACUCUGUCAACAAGGGCCACGGUGUCACUGUCAACAAGAUGCAGGAGUGGAUGCACAAGGGCCGUUUGCUGUCCUCUGAGAUGAAGCAACGCAUUGAGGGCUCAUCUUUGCCGUGCAGCGGAGGACAAAGCCAGGACCGACCCUGCUCUCUUGGUAACCGAGGGGUUAAAUCUGUCAAGGUCAAGUCUCCACGACAGCAUCAGCCAGCUUUCAUUGAGAAUGUCCAAACCCCCUGUGCUAAUGGCCGGGAGGUGGGCAGGGCCAAUGAGUCAUCGUUAUGGCGGCCACCGCUCACCACAAUUACCGUCUCCAAGAAACGCAACUGGCUGCAGCAAAGCUCCCUUGGGAAGAAUCAGUGCACCAAGGACGAGCUGCAAGGAAUGCUGGGGGCUGAAGAGGAGGGGCCCAAUCAGCUGCCACCUCCCCCCAGUCCCUCUCCUGACCACCUGAGACCCUCAGGGGCAGCUCCAUCACGGCCGGCCCGCCUACACCUGCCUCAGGCAAGUAUUGGUGAGGCCAAGGUGUCCCCUCAUCCUCGAAGCAUUGACCCGGCUGAGGAGAAUGACGCAGAUGAUGAAGGCGAGAUCUGGUACAAUCCAAUCCCUGAGGACGAUGAAGUUGAGACCUCUCAGCGAUCCGCCGUCCGUCUGCUGGUUCCCCACAGAGCUGAGCCCCAGAGGAGGCCCAGCAGGGCGGGGGACGUGGGUCAGGGCGGCAGGAACCUUGGGGGCGGCAGUGGCGCCGUUCCGGAGGCGCUCGGGGAAAGCCUCGGUGGCGCUUCAGGAGACGGUGUUCAAGGGAAUGCUGUACAUUCCACUGAGGCACUAAAUCUGCACAGACAGAUGCUCGCGUGCAAACCUCAGGAGGAGGGGGGGCCUUCCACCAGCAGAACCACAGAUGGUCCUGACCUGCCCAAUGCAGUCAGCUCCCCUCCCUCCAGCCCGAACCCGGCCAAGAAGAGCAGCUCCAUCAACUGGUCCUUCCCAGACAAGAUUAAGUCUCCGCGCACCGUGAGGAAGAUCUCCAUGAAGAUGAAGAAGCUUCCAGAGCUUAGUCGAAAACUCAGCGUCAAGGGGACCUCGAGCAGCAGUAACAUCAACAACGGCAAUGGAAGCAGUCAUUUAGAGCCCAGAGCCCAUUCACCCCGGAACAAUGUGAGCGGGUCGGAGGCCGUCCCCCAUUCCUCGGGCCCUCCCAGGUUAGCUGCAUCUGGGGGAGGGCAGGCCAGUCGUAACGUUAUCUCCCGCUACCACCUGGACAGCAGUGUGUCCACGCAGCACAGCUUCAGCAAGAAGAAAAGUAACGGCAGCUCAAAGUCCGCCAGUAAAGGUGGUUACCUCAGUGAUGGCGACUCACCUGAGCUGGUGGCAAAAUCUGGGAAGCACGGCUCGGCGGAGGGGAAGGGCGGGAAAAGCAAGGAGACGGAGGUAGGAGGUGGAAGCUCCAAACUUAAUGGCACAGAAUUGGACAUUGAUGCUUUCCGCCAUUACAGCUUCACAGAGCAACCCAAGUGCAGCCAGUACAUCUCCGGACUGAUGAGCCUGCACUUCUACGGUGCUGAGGACCUCAAACCUCCGCGCAUUGACUCUAGAGAUGUGUAUUGCGCCAUCCAAGUGGACUCAGUUAACAAAGCACGAACCGCUCUUCUCACAUGCCGAACUACCUUCCUAGAUAUGGACCACACCUUCAACAUCGAGCUGGAGAACGCCCAGCACCUGAAGUUGGUGGUGUUCAGCUGGGAGCCGAUGCCGAGGAGAAACCGCGUCUGUUGCCACGGCACGGUGGUUCUGCCGGCACUUUUCCGGGUAACGCGGAGCCACCAGCUAGCGGUGAAGCUGGAGCCGCGGGGGCUGAUCUACGUCAAGCUGAACCUGAUGGACCAGUGGAAGAACUCGCUGGAUGGCGGGCCACACGGAGACAGAGAGCCCCAGAUGUUCGGUGUGGAGGCGUGGCGGGUGGUGGAGAGGGAGAACACAGGACUGAUGGUGCCACUGCUCAUAAGCAUGUGCAUCAAUGAGAUCGAGAAGAGAGGCUGCCAGGUAGUGGGCCUCUACCGUCUUUGUGGAUCUGCAGCCGUGAAGAAGGAGCUGCGUGAGGCAUUUGAGAGAGACAGCUACGCCGUGGAGCUGUGUGAAAACACGUAUCCCGACGUUAACGUCAUUACAGGAGUACUGAAGGAUUACCUGCGAGAGCUGCCAUACCCUCUGAUCACCAAGCACCUGUAUGAGGCAGUGAUGGAAGCCAUGGCAACGAGGCCUCUGCGGAUAGGACCAUCGGGCUGCGAGAAUGACGCGGGCGACACAGAACACACCGUCAGCCUGCUGGAAAACCUGCCAGACGUGGAGAGGGUGACACUGCAGAAGCUUCUUGACCAUCUUAAGUUGGUAGCGUCCUGUCAGGAAGUGAACAAGAUGACGUGUCAGAACCUGGCAGUGUGUUUCGGCCCGGUGCUGCUCAGCCAGCGCCAGGAGGCGUCCUGCCACACCAACCGAGUGUUCAUCGACUCCGAGGAGCUCGCCAGCGCGCUUCACUUCAAAAAACACAUCGAAGUCCUGCAUUACCUGCUGCAGCUCUGGCCUGUUGUGGACCCAACUGGCCGAUCUUCCUCUCAGCCCCCUGCAGCCUCUGUGUUUCUGACCUCAUCCGACCUGCUGUCAGCGCCUCCCAUCAGGCGGAGAAAAGAGCGUCCCCAGGUCCUGAAUCUCUCUGAAGCGGAGAUGGCGGGCGUUCUGCGGCCCAAACCGGGGCGUUUGGACAGCCCUAGCAACCGCUACGCCGGCGACUGGAGCCGCUGCGGCGAGAGCUACUUCCCCUGUGAAACUCUGCUGCCUCCCAACAGAGAAGAGGCGGACUAUGAUGACGUGCCCUCAGAGUAUACAGAGGCAGCUGAAGAGGAGCAGGAGAAUCCUGAAGAAGACCCAGAGGAAGAUAAAGAGCAGAUCGUUACCUGCCCUGAGUCUGAUUCUGCAGAGCAGGAGCAACCUGAGAGAGAACAAGAGGUGAAGGAGGACAGGGAAAAUGAGAAAGAAGAGGAGGAGACGCAAGAAGAGAGUGACAGUUCAGGCAAUGUGCAAACUUUAGAGGACAAUGAGGAGGAGAGGGUUUGCAACCACAUCCUUCCCCCUCUCCUGCCCAAAGAGCACACCUAUCAGGCCUACAUGAAGAUCCAGGACAUCAGCCCUGUGCUGAGCAACAGAGUCAACCUGAAGGACCUGCAGGAGAGCAUCGACACUCUGAUAGGAAACCUGGAGAGAGAGCUCAACAAGAACAAGCUCAAUGUUGGGUACUGACUCCUACUACAGACACACACUCACAAAGCCUGACAGGGUUUGGAGAAGACCUUCUCUACUGAUCAAGGUGCUUCAGGAUACAGACACAGGGUUUCUAUGAGAGGAUGGCAUGGUGCUGCUGUAAAAACAAUAAAGGAUGAGAGGAGAAGAGUUGCAACGGGGCACUUCUGGCGUUUGUACCUUACCCAUAGACAUUCCGUAAUGUUUUUAUUUGACUUUUUUUGUCGACUGUCUUACUUUAUGUUGUUGUUUUGUUUCAGUCCGGUUUUGUGUUCCAUGUUAUUAUUGUUGCUUCUCUUCUUAUUAGAAGAACCCAUUGACCCCUCAGGGGUUUAAAAGGUGCCUUAAUUGUGUGAAGGUGGUACGUCUAGAGGAGAAUCCACCCUGAAAUAAAAUGCAUCCCCUCUUGUGAUCGUGAUACAGUGUUGACAACCAACAGGAUAACCUCUAUGAUGUUAUGAAAAGUUGUUUUUCAGAUUGAAACAGGCUGCGGUAUAUUCUGUUUUAAGCCGGUACAUAUUUAUCCUAGGUACUAUGGGGCUCUACUCUAAGCCAAUGCUGCCAACAUUUGUUAAAGUGAAGUUACUGGUAGACAAAUGUAUUCACUUGUACGAUAACAUACCAGUGAUUCCCUCCAAAAAAAACGGGGUUCUGACGCAGUAUUUGGACACUGGAUAAUUCAAUAUUUAUGCAGUUGUUGGAAAAACUAAUGGGAUGAAUUAAGCAUUCCUAUUAAGAAUUUGUUUCCAACUAAGUUAUUUAAUUAGGUACUUAUAUUAGAUAUUGCGCCAAGAAAACAAAACCAUGCCGUCUUACACUUUUGGCCAUAGCAAAAAUACAUUCUGAUGUUUUACUGACCAUUAAUGGUCUCAAGUGCAGAAUGGGAAAACUCUUGAAUGUCUAGCUCAUACCGUCUGUUUUCCAGCAUGUAAACACAGUGUUUAGUAAAAGCUAACGAGAUCAUACAAGGAAGGUGUGAUCAUUCUGUUUAAGGGUGGAUUUUACUUUUUAAGGCAGCAGAGAGCUUUUUUAUUGAGAUAUGAAACCCUAAAUGUUGUUCAACAAUAAUGCACUUAUGAGGCAGGCAGUAGUGUGAAUUGUCAUUAAAGUUCAAGCAGUAAAUAAUAUAUGAACUGUGGACUGAGUUGACAGAGAAACAGCCGCCAUUGACACCUCUUAAAGAUACAUUUGAAAGAAUGUGGCUUGAAAUGUAUUUACGUUCUGCAUUGUGUGAGAUGUCCAGACAACAUCACACAGGAAUACAUACAUCAGUCAGAAUUGAAAACAAGACAUUGUCAAUAGCUCUCUAAUCACUGUUCACAGGAAGCUGUAGGCCUACAGACCAUAGAUAUUGGAUCUAAAGCCUGUAACUAAAAACGGAAAAGGUGUUUCAUGUGGCAUCAAAUUCAUUUCAGACUCAAGAGAAUAGUUGAACAAUUUGGACAAUUUGCGUGAGUUAGAUGAUCAUUUUAAUACCACCCAUGUGUAGGCCAAGUAUUCAACUGGAGCUAGAAGUUCCUUAGCUAAGUUUAGCUUAUUUUAGAUUAGCGUAAAGACUGGAGGCAGGGGGAAAUGGCUAGCCAGGCUUUUUCUAAAGUUAAAAGAGCAAACAACACGUGACCAGAACCCCUUCAAUGUAAUUUAAACAGAAAAUCUUUCUUUGAUUUGUGUGUUGCACAUAGUCUUUAUGCUAUGCUAAGAUUAGCUAAUCAAUCUACAGCAAAUAGGCACAUUUUCUCAAGAUGUUAAACUUUUCCUUUAAUUCAACAAACCAGUCUUCUUUCUGCUUCUCCCAGCUUUUAUUGGCAAAACCGUGAAAUAGACACAGCUGAAAUGUGAAGCACAAUUUCCAGAACUGCAGUGGAAACUGUUAGCGGAGGUUCAGACGACUAAGCUAGCUGCCUCAAUCGACAAAGGACGUUUUCAGCAAUCCAGGGAUUCAGAAUGAUCAGUAUUUAACCUAUAUGUAUAUAAUUAUAUAAAUGUAUUCGGAGUAUAUUAUUUUUACAGCUUCUAUUUCAAUGGUGUAUUUAAAUACUUCUGAUGACCUCGUAGUGUUGUAGCAAUAGUUGCUUUUCCUCCCUUCAAGCUACCUGUACACAUCUUAAUGUGCUGGACUAAUGGUACAACUUUAGCUGUAAAAAAUAUGGUAACUUGUGCUCUUGCAGAAAAAGUGAUAUUUUUAUUGUAUUGUGUAUAUAUUUGACAUUGUUUUGUGUGUCUGGUGGACUAAGCUGUGUUCCUGAUUAUUGGUGUUUUGUUUUUUUAAGGUACUGAACGUUGCAUGGUCAAAAGCUUUACUGACAAGGCUCUUUCUCAUCUGCCUUUGUAUUUGAUAUUUAUGUGUAAAAAUGCUUGUAAUGUAUGCUCAUUUGUUCAUCACCCAGCUCCUCCAAUAGACAGAUGACUGCACUGGUCAAGCUUUUCUCCAGAGGACUUAAAGACAGACUGAUUUGGUUUCAAACACUUCCAAAUUGUAUGAUUUACAAUUAUGAAAGGCCAUGUAUUUCCAUUUAUGUAUAUCUCUGAGUGUUUCCUUUAACACUUGUUUAAAGGAAAGAAACAUUAGAUAGGGCUUAGAGAAGGAUAAUUUAUGCAAGGUUUCCCUUUUUAUUGUCACUGUUCCACCCUGCUAACAGUCCAGCUGCUUCAUGAUGGUGAAGCUGUGGAUGCUGCUGUCAGUCUGAGCGGUCAGUGAAAGUGAGUUUCAGCAGGGUUCCUUUCCAACCAUCUGUCUGUCUAGGCAACACAAAAAAACAGGGCCUGAUUUACAUUAUAGAAUACAACA